AUUGGCGCCAAGAUGGCGAUGGAGAUGAGGCUUCCUAAGGCUCGCAAGCCUCUCAGUGAGAGCCUGGGCCGCGACUCUAAGAAACACUUGGUGGUGCCAGGGGACACGAUCACCACGGAUACAGGCUUCAUGCGGGGCCAUGGGACAUACAUGGGGGAGGAGAAGCUCGUUGCCUCCGUGGCUGGCUCUGUGGAGAGAGUGAACAAGCUAAUCUGUGUGAAAGCCUUGAAAACCAGGUACAAUGGAGAAGUAGGAGACAUUGUAGUGGGGAGAAUCACAGAGGUCCAACAGAAGAGGUGGAAGGUGGAGACCAACUCCAGGCUGGAUUCUGUCUUGCUCCUGUCAUCCAUGAACCUGCCUGGUGGGGAGCUGAGGAGAAGGUCUGCGGAGGAUGAGCUGGCCAUGAGAGGCUUCUUACAGGAAGGGGACCUCAUCAGUGCGGAGGUCCAGGCGGUGUUCUCAGAUGGAGCUGUUUCUCUGCACACCAGGAGCCUGAAGUAUGGGAAGCUAGGUCAGGGAGUUUUAGUCCAGGUCUCUCCUUCCCUGGUGAAGAGACAGAAGACUCAUUUCCAUGAUUUGCCGUGUGGUGCCUCAGUUAUUCUGGGAAACAACGGUUUCAUCUGGAUCUACCCGACGCCUGAGCACAAGGAUGAGGAUGCCGGAGGCUUCAUUGCAAACCUGGAGCCUGUAUCCCUUAGUGAUCGCGAGGUGAUCUCCCGGCUCCGGAACUGCAUAGUCCUGCUGGUAACUCAGAGAAUGAUGCUGUACGACACCAGCGUCCUGUACUGCUACGAGGCCUCCCUGGCGCAUCAGAUCAAAGAUAUCUUAAAGCCAGAAAUCAUGGAGGAGAUCAUGCUAGAAACACGCCAGAGGCUUUUGGACCAGGAGGGAUGAGGCCAGGUGCCGAGGAUGGGACUGCGCACCUCUCUGGAGCAGUUACGGGUGAAAAGUCUGCUGUGUGGUCCCCACGUCUGGCCCAGGGAGGAUCUGACAAGCACAUUGCCCAUCUGCCGUGGCGCAGCAGAGCCGGGCCUGUCCUCUCUUGUUCUGGGACAAAGCCAGGGUGGAAGCCAGUGGUGGCUUUGGGGGCUUGGACCCCAGGAUAAAGGGUAGUUUUAGGUCUCUCGGGGCACAGUGUCCCAGCCUGGUGACUUCUCCUGGAAUCGCUCAGAGACUCUGUCUUCCA